GUGACGUGCCGGGCGCCAUGUUGGAGGGCUGGUGGUAGCGGCUCGGGGAGGUGUUCGCUCUCUCGGUCUCGCUCUCUCGCUCGCUUCCCCCGGCUCCCUUCGGUGCCCCCCCCGGUCGCCUGCGUGCCGGAGUGUGUGCGAGGGAGGGGGAGGGCGUCGGGGGGGUGGGGGGAGGCGUUCCGGUCCCCGGGAGACCCGCGGAGGGAGGCGGAGGCUGCGAGGGACUCCGGGAAGCCAUGGACGUCGAGAGGCUGCAGGAGGCGCUGAAAGAUUUUGAGAAGAGGGGAAAAAAGGAAGUUUGUCCUGUCCUGGAUCAGUUUCUUUGUCAUGUAGCCAAGACUGGAGAAACAAUGAUUCAGUGGUCCCAAUUUAAAGGCUAUUUUAUUUUCAAACUGGAGAAAGUGAUGGAUGAUUUUCGAACUUCAGCUCCUGAACCAAGAGGUCCUCCGAACCCUAAUGUCGAAUAUAUUCCCUUUGAUGAAAUGAAGGAAAGAAUACUGAAAAUUGUCACUGGAUUUAAUGGUAUCCCUUUUACUAUUCAGCGACUAUGUGAGUUGCUAACAGAUCCAAGGAGAAACUAUACAGGAACAGACAAAUUUCUCAGAGGAGUAGAAAAGAAUGUGAUGGUUGUUAGCUGUGUAUACCCUUCUUCAGAGAAAAACAAUUCCAAUAGUUUAAAUCGAAUGAAUGGUGUUAUGUUUCCUGGAAAUUCACCAAGUUACACUGAACGGUCUAAUAUAAAUGGGCCUGGAACACCCAGGCCGCUUAAUCGACCAAAGGUUUCUUUGUCGGUCCCCAUGACAACAAAUGGCUUGCCUGAGAGCGCAGACAGCAAAGAGUCAAACUUACAGCAAAAUGAGGACAAAAAUCACAGUGACUCUGUGACCGCUGAAUCCGAAGGUUCCUCAGUGAGCCCUAUAAAAAAUAAACACCCAGAUGAAGAUUCUGUGGAGGCUGAGGGGCAUGAGGUAAAAAGACUCAGGUUUGACAAAGAAAGUGAAGUCAGAGAGACAGCCAGCCAAACAUCUUCCAGUGAAAUUUCUUCGGUUAUGGUAGAAGAAACAGAAACAUCGUCGUCAUCUCAGGAUAAAGACAAGGAAAGUAGUUGUACCAGACAGCACUGUACAGAAGAGGAUGAAGAAGAGGAUGAAGAGGAAGAAGAAGAGUCUUUUAUGACAUCAAGAGAAAUGAUUCCAGAAAGAAAAAAUCAAGAAAAAGAAUCUGAUGAUGCCUUAACUGUGAAUGAAGAGACUUCUGAGGAAAAUAAUCAAAUGGAGGAAUCUGAUCUGACUCAAGCUGAGAAAGAUUUACAUUCUGAAGGUAGUGAAAAUACAGGCCCUGUAAGUAGUGGUUCUGAUUGCCAUGAGACAGAAGAAUUAGUAGGAUCCAAUUCCAGUAAAACUGGAGAGAUUCUCUCAGAAUCAUCUAUGGAAAACGACGAAGAAGCCACAGAAGUCACAGAUGAACCAAUGGAACAAGACUAACUAUCUAGAAACAUGUAGAUGCAGUAUUUUACAUACAGUUCUGGUUUUACACUGUAUAAAACUUUUAUGUAAUAAAAUGGACCUCUAGUUUUUACAAGAGAAGCAGGUUGUAAAAUAAAGUACUUUAUGGGAUAAAUCCUGAAAGAGUUGUACAUGUAAGAACUGUGAAUAUCAGCUCCUCUGGGUCCUGCUUACCGCUGACUUUUUUUUUUCAGUCUGGUCAAAUCAGUGGUUUGUGUAUAGAUUUUUUUUUUUUUUUUUUUUUGAAUUAAAGUUUUUAAACUGGAAGGUAAUAAUUAUAAUUUUGAAAACCUUUUGGAGAUGAUCACAUUUAGUUUAUACAUAUGCAAGAAGUCUUUUUGUCUUGUCUCUUUCUGACAGCUCUAGCAGUUUUCAUAUUUUGGUCAUAGUUUCAACAUUUUAACAUGUGAAUUAUAGGGUUUCAUGCUGGUUUCCAGAUUUUAUUGUUUGACUAUGUACAAUGGAACUUUAAGUCAUAUAUACAUAUAUAUAUAUAUAUAUACAUAUAUAUAUAUACACAUAUAUAUAUAUUAUUCUAAGGGGGGAAAUGUUAUAUUUUUCUGUUUCUAUAAGAGAUGAAUACAGUGGAUACUUUUUCUAUUGGUAAUGAUUGAGUUCACCUCUUUCAGAAGACAGUUUCAGUUUCUCUUCUGAGUAAUUCAAAUAAAAUCUGGCCCUUGUGAAACCCUGGAAAUAAGUCUGUUGAAAUACCAGGUUAAACACAUUCCAAGAGAUCUGUUCAAACUAAAAUUCUUUUGUAUACUUCUGAGGUGCCUGAGAAAAAGACUUCACUAUUUAUGAGAAAAUAUGCUUUAUCUUGGAAACUGUGUUCAAACAUUAGCUUACUAUUUUGUAGAAUGAAUGCUGACAUGAGACCAUCUCAGAAGAACCCGGCAGGUUCCUUGACCUUUUUGCUUGCUUUUCUGAACAUUGUGAAUAUUACACAUUUCUUUCUAAAUUAUUCUAGAGUAUGCAAAUGUCAUUGGUGUGAAACCCCACUGUACUGGAAGAAUUAAUAUAUUACUAUAGUAAUGUACUGGAGCUAAAUGGCUGAAGCUUUAGGGGUGCAUAGAAACCACCAUAAUUUGUAUGACAUUUUGAAGUGAAUUAAAUAUUUUUGAACAUGCUUCUUCGACAGCCAGUGUUAUAUUUUUCAGAUUAACACAAAGCACAAUGAUUACUCUAAACUCAAUAUUUUCAAAUUCACAUAUUUAAAGUCAUGCAAGCUGCAACUUCCCUGUCAAAAUUACUGGCUGCCAAAUUUAUACCUGUUUCUUCAGCUGUACCUUUUGAUAUUUAGAAUUUUUAAAUUUCUGUAAAGUAGAUUUUGUAGAAUGUAAUGUGUUCACUGCCUUUGUGAAGCGGUAUAUAAUUGUAUAAUUUCUGUGUGUAAACUGAAUGCUUGGGCUUUCAAUACAGUAUUCAUAUAAAGCAAUAAAUAUUAAUGUUAUGAAA